CGAAGGUGCGCACGUGCACGUCUGUGUGCUUGUGUGCGUGAAGUUCGCUGCUUUUGUGUCAUGAUCGUGGCAGUUGUAGCCACCGGAGGACAGUGCUGACGAGUGUUCGUAUCUUUUCUGUGGACGCUCCUUAAGUUAAGCUUUAAGAUGUCCCGAAGGCCUGAGUACUCGGCACCUCCGGAGUUGUUUUAUAACGAACAAGAAGCGCAGAAGUACACAAGCAACUCGCGCAUCAUGGAGAUUCAGACGGCAAUGUCGGAGCGUGCCGUGGAGCUUUUGGCCCUGCCAGAUGACGAGACAUGCCUCAUACUCGACCUUGGAUGUGGCAGCGGCCUGAGUGGCGACGUUCUAGAAGAACAGGGUCACGUCUGGGUCGGCGUCGAUAUCAGUCGUGCCAUGCUGAAUGUGGCACAAGAACGGGAAGCUGCAGGCGACAUGCUUUUGGGAGACCUAGGCCAGGGUCUCUGCUUCCGCGCAGGGUCGUUCGAUGGUGCGAUUAGCAUCUCGGCGUUGCAGUGGUUGUGCAAUGCUGACAAGAAAAGUCAUAACCCCGUGAAACGCCUGCACGCAUUUUUCUCCAGCCUGUAUGCUUGCCUGGGACGCGGCCGACGCGCAGUGUUCCAGUUCUAUCCGGAGAACGCCGAUCAAGUGGAGCUCCUCACUCAGCAGGCCAUGCGCACGGGAUUUACCGGAGGACUCGUGGUGGACUACCCAAACAGCACUAAAGCUAAGAAAAUGUUCCUCGUACUGUUCACCGGUGGACCUCAAAAACUGCCCGCUGCUCUCGGGGCGUCGAGUGAACAGCGUGACCAAAUCGAGUGCACUGAGCGAAAACAGCGACUUAACAAACUGCGUGGCAAGGGCCCAAAAAGCGCAGCUGCCUGGAUUCAAGAAAAGAAGGAACGUCGUCGAAGGCAGGGCAAGGAGACGAGGCCCGACUCAAAGUAUACGGGCCGGCGGCGCUGCGGUAAAUUUUGAGAGUAGGCUGCCAUACUAGCUCGCGUUUGUGCAUGACGGACUCUUAUUUAAA